AUGUAUGUUGCUGCACUUUGUGCUCCAGGACAGAGUUGGUCCAACCCUGCCGAGUGUGUGAUGUCAAUAUUAAACCUUGGUCUCCAAAACUGCACCCUGCAACGGGACCAGCUUGAUGAAAACACAGAGAAGCUUAUAAAACAAUGUUCAGGAAUGGAAGCAAUGAGGAACAAACUAUCAGAUUCACCUGAAAUGAGAGAAAAGUGGACACAAAGUAUUGAACCAGUGCAGUCAUGCAUUGGCAACAGAUUUCGACGCCUUGCUUUACAGGAUGAACCCCUGGAAGUUCAAGAUCCGAUUUCUGAUGAAGCCAUCAACCAACUGGAACAACAUCUAACCAGACUUUUUCCAACUUUGGACAUUACUAAACUAAACAAGCAGCACACUAGUAAAGUGCCCACAUAUGGACUUUGGAUGCAGCGUCACUGUCGUCAAAGGCAGUAUACUUUCCAAAUUAAAAAGUGUGAAGAUCGCAAUUGCUGUUCCGAGGUCAAAAGCAAAUCUAAACUUCAGUGGCUGCCAGACCCUGUCCUGGAUGACAGUGGUGAGCAUUACAAGUCCUUUGAAGCAGGCUUAGGCACCGAAACAGUGGAUCAAUGUCCAACCAAGAUUGCCACAGCUCAGAAUAUUACACCUGACGCCACAGGAACUCCCACAGUUACAUCUAAAGGUAUUGUGAACAUUGUGCCAGAUGACCCAGAACUCAGGGGUGAUGCUGCUACAUUCACAAGUCAGAACGCCAGGGGUGUGUUAUGGACUCUCCUGCUCCCCCUGCUGGUUGGGAGUACUUCUAUUUCUCAGGAACUGUUUCCGACAGACUGCUCUGAUGUUUACUCUAAUGGACAGACACUCAGUGGAGUGUAUACCAUCUAUUCUACAGGGGAAACACCUGUCCAGGUGUACUGUGAUAUGGGAUGUGGUGGAAGCCAAACAGAGGAUGCAAAGUGGACGGUGUUUCAGCGGAGGCUGGAUGGCAGUGUGAAUUUCUAUAGACCAUGGGAACACUACAAGAAAGGGUUUGGGAACAAGUACGGAGAAUAUUGGCUUGGAUUGGAGAAUCUCUACCAACUCACACGCAAGAGGAAAUACGAGCUGAAAGUGGACCUGCAGGACUUUGAUGGAGUGACAGUUUAUGCCCAGGAUUCUUCUUUCUCAAUAGAAUCUGAAACUGAUGGCUAUAAACUCCAUGUUAGCGGCUUUACCAAUGGAGGUGCAGGUGAUUCUCUGGAGACAAGCAAUGGGCAGAAAUUCUCUACCUUUGAUAAAGACCAGGACUCCAAAGAAGAUGCUAACUGUGCUAAAUCCUACCUCGGGGGUUUUUGGUACAAUCAGUGCCACCAUGCUAACCCCAACGGGAUAUACCUGUGGGGACGUGAUGGUACUUUUUUUGCCAUUGGAAAUGUCUGGUACCAUUGGAAAGGUUUUGAUUAUGGUGUCAAGUUCAUCACUCUGAAGAUCAGACCUGUGUCUUAG